ACAGUUGAUUCUACAAACGCUAUUAACAGCAAGAGAAGAAGAAUUUUAAAAUUCCGCGGAAAUGUUUGGUUUUAAAUACGUAUAAACCGAUUUCAUUUGUUAUCUGAGUAGAAAUGCAUUUCAACAAGUAUAAAGAUAAACAUCACCAAGAGUCGAAUUUGUCGUCUUCUUUUAUUAAUGCUCCCAAUGAUAAAACGCUGAUAAUGGCGUCUAAAGAGAAGAAGGAAAACAUAAGAAUGGGCAAACAGACGGCAACAGUGUACGCAGCAAAGAUAAAGACCAAAAUACACAAUACCUCAUCAUUCUUCAAGCUUUCUUUGAAAAGCAACAACAAGGCUCUGGCUCUGGCUCUUGUUGCUCAGAAGCAGAAGAGCAGAGAGCUGGAGGCAGAGGUGGUGCGACUGAGGAAAGAUGCGCAGACAACUCAUUUUGAUCUUGCUCAUCAGCGUCAUAAAAACAAACAACUGUUUGGCAUUAUACGAGACUUUUAUGACUCUUCCCUAAACUGGAUGACAAAGGCAGUUGACAUUUUUUGUAAUGAUGAGGAUCCAGACAGUAUGGACUUGGAACACAACACCAGUGAAGACCAAAUCAUUGAAAUGGGAGACGUUGAGAGAUUGCAAGACAGACCUUUGUAUCCACAGCAGGACCAUGUUCAGUCUGAACCAGUGAAUUCAGCCGGUGAUGCUCCCAGCCAAGAGAGAGAUAGUCCAGCACAGCAAAACACCAUAUAUGACUCUGAAAUGGAGAUGACCGUUAGUGACAGUGCUUCUGAAAUAGUAACAGUUGAAACAAAUGCAAGAAGAACCUCUAGAGUUACAGAAGAACACCAGAAAAAGAAGGAUUUGUGUCUAUCAGAAAAAGCUAGUGAGGUUAUAUCUGCAAAGGAAGACUCACCAAUUGACUUUAGUAGAUUAGAAUAUACGUCAGCUGUGCCAAAAGAGUUGACCGCUGUCACACAGCAGUGCCCUCCCACUGUUCAGGGUGAGGUGGAGAAUGAGCUGCAAAUGGAGUCAAUAACUGCACGCAGGAAGACUCACGUCACCUCUCGUAAUAAAAGUAGCAGACGCACAUGUAAACUGAAAGAACCAAAUCCAGAUCCAAGAAGAACAUACCUGAUCUCCCAAGAUCCUCCUAAUGACAUUUUUAAUGAUUGUUUUGGUGAUCCUGAGCUUCAGAAUUCUGAAAGAAGCAAGGCAAUUCUUUCACAUGGAAAUAUUUCAAAUAAAGCUGCUAAAAGCAAAGCUAAAGAGUCCCAUGCUACCCGGGAAACCAGAAGAACAAUUGUAGAUCAAGAUGAGCUAAGACCUCAGAAGAGCAGGAAGACCAAAGUCUUGUCCCUUAUGAUGGAUCAUAGUUUGGAUAUGCAUGAAAAUGUUCAGUCUGCCAGUAAUUUAUGCCCAGAGGCUGCUUGUACAGAUGUCCAUGUCGGUGAGACCGCAGUUCAAAACCAUAAAAGCAAAACUCCAGCACACCCACUUCCUCAGUCUGAGAAGUGCAAGACACAGAAAAACAGAGGAACAUUUGUGAUACAGGCAAGUCAAUCAUUCAUCAAUAGGAAAUCAUUUUUGAAUGAAACUGAUAUAUUAGAAGAUCCCAACAGACAGAUAAUGGUUGGUUCAGAUAAUGUUGCACAACAACACAAGGAGCCAGAGCACGAUUUUCAUGAGAUAUUGACAGAAAACACCUAUCAUCCAGAAUGUUCACAAGAUGUGAAUGCCAGCCUUGUACAGGAACCCUCUGAAUUUAUGUCAUCAGUGUCUGGCAAAGCCAAAAAACACAGAAAAGGGGGGGCAGAUAAAAUCAAAAAGAAGAAUGCUGCACCAAGAGAAAAACCCAAAGCAUUAACAAAGAAACAAAACAGUUGUGCUGUGAGUGUGAAUGAAACUGUGUUGACUAAAAGGCAAGAUGAGACUGAUCGUCAGAAUGGAGCAGGAUGCAGGUCUUUGUCUAAUACUUUACAGCUACCAGUAAUAUCUCAUUGCUCUGCCUCAAAGGAGGAUCUCAGGGAUGAACAUAAUGCUGAAACCCUUGAAAUAAGUUCCCCUUCCUCUGUUGACAAGCUAGAUCAGACUGACCAUAUCAACGUGGGCUCUCUUAGCGUAAAUCUGGAUCAAACCAACCAAGCUCUUGAGGGCAGGUGCAGGAAAACAUACUUUGUAUCAUCUUGUCAUGAAUCGCCAAUUAAGGAAAAGACUGACAGUGGGGCUUCCAGCGACAUUUCUGGACAUGAUCUUUUUACUAAUGAAACGGCUAAUGUUUCACCUGUUAUGAACAGAAGCAUGUUUGUCAUGGAAAAAUACAAUGUGACUUCAGAUGGUUUUAGUGGACACACAAAAGACUUUCAAUUCACAGAAGAAAGGCCUCCCUGGGAGACCCUUGAUGGUUACACUGAAGCACUCUUAGAUGAAAGCUCUGUCCACAGCCCUCAACCAGAGACCCGCUGUCAAACUAUGAACAUUUACCAGGACCAGGACUCAGACUUGAGGCACCAAGCUCCAGAAGAAGGCAGGGUCAUGAAGAGUCUAACAAAUACAGGGCAUAACUCUGAUUGUGGGAGAACACGAAGAAGAGCAGCACCAGUCUCCUACAAAGAACCAGCCCUCAACUGCAAGAUGAGGCGUGGGGACAAACACUCUGAUACAAAAUUCUUAAACUCUCCGGUGUUCAAAGACAAAAAGAAGAAGAAACGAGUUUAGGAGUGAUUUUACCUUUUAUUGAUUUCAGACUUUCCUUUGGUUUUACAUUUUUAUUUUAUUUUGUCAUUUCUAUUUUAUUUUGUCUUUUUUAUGUAAUGCAAAUGUUUAAGAUGGAUUUUAAAGUAAUUGUUUUUAAUCACAGCUGUUAACUUGCCUUCAGAUCUCAGCUCAGUUUCAUUCUUGUGUAUAUAUAGGAAAUGUUGUUAAAAUUUUAGAUUAUUUAUUUUAUUGGUUAAUAAAGAGAACCUGUUCUAUUAGGCUGCUCUAUUCUCUUUUAUUGUUAACUUGAUUCUGUUUUCCAUCCCUCUGUGACAUUCAUACUGGUCAUGUGGAAGUUCAUUUCCUCAACUCUUUCCUAUCAAGAUAUAUGUAGGAAAGUUGAGUCUGUGUGUUAUGUAACCAUGCAGGCACCGGCCAACAGUGUUAAAGUGAUUGAAGGACUGAAUGAAUUAUUUAGAGGACUGUUCACCUGAGACGACUACAAUUCUGAGACUGAGUAGGAGUGUCUGUUUAACCAGUUUAUAUUGUAUGAGAGCGGACUAAAACUUCUGAUAUAUAGUUAUCUUAUUGUGCUGUCAGGAAGUGUUGGUAUCUGAGUUUUAGGUGAGUUUCAGUGAGCUUUCUUUCUUUCUUUCAGUGUGUUUUCAAGAAAAUUAUUACUUUGAAUUUGUUGAGGUGAUCUAUUUGUUUUAAGAAAAUGCAUUGAAUUCAAAAGUUAUGGGCUUAUAGUCACAUUCUGUUUUUAUUUAAUAAAUUUUUUUAGAGCAUCCCAGCUUGUUAUUUCUUCCAAAUGUUAAUCUCAUCAGAUGCCUUUGGUAACCUAACACUUGUAUGUUAGACAUCCUGUUAAUUGUUCAUCUCACUUUUCCUGUUCGUAGGAAGCCAAAAUAUAGUUUGAAGUUUUCCUCCUGUGUUUAGUGUUGCCCCUGGCAGAAGAUUAACUAUAAGGUAAAGUUAUACUCGUGCUUUUUUUUUUUUUUUUUUUUUACUUGUAAUGUUUCUUUUUCCUAAUGUUGCUAUUUUAAUGGAUUUC